UGAGUCAAACCUGCGUCAGACUUCGUCGUGAGUGACUUUCCAUAGUAAUUUCUUCACCCUAUGGGGAGCUGAUUUAUCCCACAACACAGCCAUAACCACGUGGAAACCAGAGACCAGAGGUGCGAGCAGCUGCUCUUUUAGCAGAGCUGCAGAACAUCGCUGAAGCGCCGGAGUGAGAUACACAGUUGCAAUAAGCCAUUACCUGUUCAAGUUAAUGUGAUUAUAGUAAAGCAAACUUGUGGCAAGCGUUGAGCUCCUGCGUCAGACUUUACGCACUAUGCGCCCUGUGUGACUGGAAGCUGUGUGAUAUCGCAUCUCUUUGCGCGCAGAGAUGUUGCACACGGAUCCAGUGCCUGAAUGAAGAUACCGAACAUCACGUUGGAUUCAUACACAGACUCGGACGUUGUAACCCGUUCCGCACAACACACAAGAUUUAAGAAAAAGGCACAACUUUCUUUCCCUGCUUCCUCCUGAUCUCCCUCCAGUCAGUCCCCUUUGGUUCUCCUACUUGCCUCCAACACCCUUAGCCUGAAGGAGCUCCUGUGUUGCAGCUAUGCCAAAGAACACCAAGGUGACCCAGCGGGAGCACAGCAAUGAGCCGGUCACUGAGUCAGUGGCUGACCUGCUGUCCCUGGAGCACCCCAUGGACUAUAAGAGCAGUCAGAUGAGCAUGGGUCUGAGUCCUGGAUCUACUGCUCCAGUAAAGGCCCUGCUGCCCUCCCCUGACCCAGACGCUGAAGACGGCCGACCGGCCUGGAACAACAAGCUAGAGUACAUCCUGGCCCAGGUGGGCUUUUCUGUGGGCCUGGGUAACGUCUGGAGGUUCCCCUACCUUUGCCAGAAGAACGGUGGAGGUGCAUAUCUGGUUCCCUACUUUAUUCUGCUCAUCCUCAUCGGCAUCCCCUUGUUCUUCCUGGAGCUGGCGGUGGGUCAGAGGAUCCGGCGUGGCAGCAUCGGGGUGUGGAACUACGUCUACCCACAGCUGGGAGGCAUCGGGGUCUCUAGUCUGAUGGUUUGCGGUUUUGUUGGCCUCUAUUAUAAUGUGAUUAUCGGCUGGAGCAUCUUCUAUUUCUUCCAGUCCUUCCAGUAUCCACUGCCUUGGGCUGAAUGCCCCUUCGAGAGAAAUGGAACCCAAGCCAUUGUUGUGCCGGAGUGUGAGAAGAGCUCGGCCACCACUUACUUCUGGUACCGCCAGACUCUCAACAUCACCAGCUCCAUCGAUGACACAGGCGGCCUGAACUGGAAGAUGACCCUGUGCCUGCUGGUAGCUUGGAUCCUGGUCUGCCUGGCUGUCAUUAAGGGCAUCCAGUCCUCUGGGAAGGUGAUGUACUUCAGCUCUCUCUUCCCAUAUGUGGUGCUUUUCUGUUUCCUGGUGCGAGGUUUGCUGCUGAAGGGAGCAGUGGACGGCAUCGCCCACAUGUUCACCCCUAAGCUGGAAAAGAUGUUGGAGCCACAGGUUUGGAGAGAAGCAGCCACGCAGGUCUUCUUCGCCCUCGGUCUGGGCUUCGGAGGCGUCAUCGCUUUCUCCAGCUACAAUAAGCGAGACAACAACUGCCACUUUGAUGCAGCGCUGGUCUCCAUCAUCAACUUUGUUACCUCCAUCCUGGCCACUUUAGUUGUGUUUGCUGUCCUGGGGUUCAAGGCGAACGUCAUGAACGAGAAGUGUGUUGUCGACAAUGCAGAGAAGAUCCUGGGCUUUCUAAACACAGGUGUGCUGAGCAAAGAGCUCAUCCCUCCUCACAUCAACUUCUCCCACCUGUCUUCAGAGGACUACGCAGAAAUGUACGCUGUCAUUAAGACAGUGAAGGAGGACAGCUUUGGCCAGAUGGGCCUGGACGCCUGUUUGCUGGAGGACGAACUCAACAAGGCGGUUCAGGGCACUGGCCUGGCGUUCAUCGCCUUCACAGAGGCCAUGACACAUUUUCCUGCCAGUCCCUUCUGGUCUGUCAUGUUCUUCUUCAUGCUGAUUAACUUGGGUCUGGGAAGCAUGAUCGGCACAAUGACCGGCAUCACCACACCCAUACUGGAUGCUUUCAAGAUCCGCAAAGAGAUCCUGUGUGUGGCCUGCUGUAUCAUAGCCUUCCUGUUAGGCCUGUUGUUUGUGCAGCGUUCAGGCAACUACUUUGUUGCCAUGUUUGACGACUACUCAGCUGGUUUGCCUCUCACUGUGGUUGUGAUCCUGGAGAACAUCUCUGUAGCCUGGAUCUAUGGCACUAAGAGGUUCAUGCAGGACCUGGAGGACAUGCUUGGUUUCAGGCCAUACUCCUUCUACUACUACAUGUGGAGGUACGUGUCGCCAGCUAUCCUGGUGGUGCUCAUUGCCGCCACAGUCAUUGAGAUGGCCAUCAGUCCAGCAGGAUACAACGCCUGGGUGGAGGCUGAGGGCGCAGAGAGUUUUCAUAGCUACCCUCCCUGGGCUUUAGCCAUGGCCUACUCCCUCAUCGUGGUGGCCAUGCUGCCUUUACCCAUCGUCUACAUCGUCCGCCACUUCAACCUGAUCUCAGACGGCUCCAACAAGCUGUCAGUCUCCUACCGUAAAGGCAUGAUGAAGGACAUCUCCAACCUCGAAGAGCAGGACGAGCAGCGCUUCAUCCUCAGCAAGAACCCCAGCGAGGCUCCUUCACCGAUGCCCGCCCACCGUGCUUACUUAGGCCCCGGCGGCACACAGGAGAUGACCAACACCAACUAUGGCACCAGCACCAAGACGGGCUACCAGAACAUCGGCUCGCCUGAGUCUGAGCUAUGAUCCACUGAGCUCAUCGAUCCUCUCGUCCACUAAACCCCGGGCCCUGCUUGGAGAGAGGGAGACAGAGGAAGAAAGGGAGGAACAGAGGAAAUCAAGAGGGAGAGAAAAUCCACUGGUCAUUGUUGCAGCGUUCAUCCCACCUUAACCCCCAGAACUGAAUCCCUCUAUCCCUCCCUUUUCUGCUCCAUCGCUCCUUGCCUGUGGUUCUUCCCUUCUUCCCCGCCGUAGGAUCUGUGCCGAUAACUGCCUGUCAAUCUCAGCUGUAAUGAGGGGAUCAUGAAAGUGUGAGUCCCACCAGAUAUGACGACCUUUUCCCAUCUGUCAAGGUAUUACAGGGGCAGAGAUUGAGGGACAGAGAGAGGAACAGAGGAAGGAAUGAGGCUUUGAAAGGCUCACUGAGGGCUCAGAUACAGGCUUUGUUUUGUAAUAAGUUCUGGCCAAGGUUACGGAGUGUGCAAUGCUAAAAUGCUUUAGGUUGUACUGAACCAUAAUCCCAUGUGAUCACCAGUUUGGAGAAGGUUAUUUUUGAGACAGCUGGAUGUUCCUAGAUCUGGGCAAUCCUCAUCUUUUUCUGGUUCAGCUGUAGAGGAUUGUUAUUUGUGGGGAUAGGAUGGAAGGAGACACAGAAAAAAACCUGUGUAUCACCGUAUGAGAACACUCCUCAUCUAGAAAACAAUAUUGCGUCCAUAACAGUAUGUAAUGUGUGAUUCUGAUAGUGUGAACAGUGUUACAAGCACAUUACAUCUUUAAGUUUAUUGUGCCUAUCAUGCAUCAGCAAUAAUAACUAGUCAAAGUAGGGUCGUUAUAAAACUGUGGAUCUCCUUCUAUCCCUACUUCCCCACUGAUGUAGAAUACUGUACAUAUGUGUUGUGCAAUAGUCCAAGAUGUCACAGUAAAUCGUGUAUAUACAGCACAGUCGUGUGAGGGGAAAAGCUUCACCUCUUCAUUCUUUCCCAGCGAA